ACCCGAGAAACUCGCAGCCAGUCAAUCCUACAGACUCGCACACACACUUAUACACACACUGCGAGACUGAGGGUCCUCACGGGGGAAGUAAUACAGUUUAAGUGCCAGUGAGUCUACCUCCACACACACACACACACACACAAUGAGAGGCAGCAUCUUACUACUGCUGGGCCUGCCAGUUUUCCUGGCGCAGACGUACGAGCCGGACUACAGAGAGGAGGUCUUCUCUGAUUACAACCAGUAUGAAGUGCAGUACCCGGAGGUCUCACAGCAGGUCCUACAGGAGCCAGCAAGGGGGCAAGAACAGACUGAAGCUGAACUACAACUAACAGAGCCCACCGAGCCCGGACCACUGGACUGCCAUGAGGAGCAGUACCCCUGCACCAGACUGUACUCCGUCCACCAGCCCUGUAAACAGUGCCUCAACAGCAUCUGCUUCUACAGUCUGCGCAGAAUGUACGUCAUAAAUAAGGAGAUCUGUGUGAGGACUGUGUGUGCCCACGAGGAGCUGCUCAGAGCUGACCUGUGCCGUGACCAGUUCUCCCGCUGUGGUAUAGCGGCGCUGACCGGUCAGUGUGGGUCGAUGGGGAGCAGCUGUGUGAAGAGCUGUGGAGGAUGUUAAAGAUGAUCUUCUACCGCACCAUCCAAACACUGCCUGACCAAACUCAACUCAUCCUCACCUUAAUCAGCAAGAUUUCACCCCGUUUUACUGUCUAAAUGUCGUGUUUUUAAUGUUAGCUCACGUCUGUAGCUGAUUGCUGUUGUACAGUCUGUACAACCUGCAUCAGCGCUGUUCCAUCGGUAUGAUCUAGACCAGAUGGACGGAUUGAUGGAUGGAUAAAUGGAUGGACAGACGUAUAUAAACCUGUAUUCACUUCUCUAUUCUUUCUUUUCUGUCUCUUUCGACUGUCCAAAGUCACUGGUGCUAUUCUAGCUAUCUGUUCUGUAACAGUGCUAGUGAAACAGCAGCACAAUAACAGCUGGAGGAAGAUAGUUGAACUUUUAUUUUGUAUGUAGUACCAAUCAAAAAAGUUUGAACACACCUUAAAUUCAGUGUUUUUUUUUGUUUUCAUUAUUUUAAAAUGUUCUGCGUUGGAGAUUUUAAAACUAAAGUCAUACAAACUAUGCAGAAAAACCUAUUGAAUUAAUUAAUUAUUUAACAAUCAGUUUUGCACAUUUCUUCUGUAUUUCUCAGUCAGUUUUAUGAGGUAGAGUCACUUGUAAUUCAAUAGCUUUCAGUUAACAGCUGUGCUGAACUCAUCAAGAGUUAACUAUCACUUGAAUUUCUUUCUGAGAAGCAAGAACUACUCAACUAAAUAAAGAAAAGUAAAAAAAUACGACUAAGAAAUGAAGGUCAGUCAAUCGGAAAGUCAAUUUCAAGAAUUUGAAUGUAUCCUCAAUUGCAGUCACAAAAAAAACAACCAAAAAAUGUAUGAUGAUGAAACUGGCACUCAUCAGGACCCUCCUUAGGAAAGAAAGAGCAAAAUUUCAGAAUUCAGAAUUACUUGCCUCAGAAACACAGAUACAAAUUGUACAGUACUCUGUGUACUUGGGUUCUGAACUAGUAUAGCACUAUUUGAGUAAUGUUCUAAUCCAUUUUGUGGCAAAAAAUACUCAACUAAACAAAGUAUACAUAAUAUAUAACAUUUCAAGAACUUUUCAAGAAAGUAUCCUCAAGUGCUGUUGUCGCAAAGACCAUAAAAAAAAAACGUUAUAAUGAUGAAACUGGCACUCAUCAGGACCACUUCCUCAGAAAUGGGAAAUAAGGGGCAAGUUUGGGUUGUUUAACAGUGAUUUUAAAUUACUACAUGAUUCAUUAUGUGUCCCUUUAUAGUCUGAUAGAUCACUUCACUAUUCAUUUAUAAUGUAGGAAAUAAAAAAUAAAUAAAUAAAUAAAUUGAAUUAGGAGGUGUGUCCAAACUUUUGACUGGUACUGUAAUUGCUUAACUGUAUCUUGUAUUAUUUGUUUUCCUUUGUAUUAUUAUAUAUAUGUUUGUUUGUUUGUUUGUUUAUAGGCUGUAUCUCACAACCAAAGAGAGAUUUUUUUUUAAUUUAGCUGUUUUUUUAUAGGCCUUAUGGUACUGAUCUACGUAGAUCCAGUUAUGCCCUCGACUGCCACAAAAAAGAAACUGCAAAACUGACCUCAGAUCAGCUUAUAGAGCAACAUCUAAGCAGCCUUGGCCUCUUUUUUAUGGUACUGUUUUAACCUACCUUCAUUACAUAAGGCGACAUAAGCCUCGCUGAGCUAGUUCAUUUUAAAGCUAACUGUUUUUGUGUUUUUUGGAGAUUUGGGAGGCCUUAAAAAACGUAUACUUGUGAAAAUGUGCUUUAUCUGGUUUAAUCUUCAAGUUUCUGAAGAGAACUGUGGUGCACUGCCCUUCUCUGUCGUUGUAGAAGAGUAGAAUAGAGUAGCAUUAGCAUAUUAGCAUUAACAAGCCAUUCGAUAAGUUAGCUUCAUAAAGUGUUUUAGCUAUGAUUUUUUUAAGUAUAUGGAAGUUUUGUGUUGCUUCAGCUUAUAAACAGCUUUGUUCAGCAUUUUUAAAUGUAAAAGGAAGUUAUUAUAAGUAGGAUAUCGAUAAUAUCAGAUUUGAGCAGAUUAUGCUCAAAUGAUGGUGACGCCACAGGACUGGCCAGUCAGCACUGACCUCAGAAUUGAGGCAUUAUCAGCACUCAGUACUCAGUAAUCACCAGCGUCCGAUUCAGUACCACCAGCAGCAGCAGCAGCGAUGCAGUGAACAGCUCAGAACAUCUCGACUUGAAAUAACACAGAAUCCAGCAGCUGCUGGCAUACGUCUUUAACAAGAGGCAAAUAUACAACUGAAUAAACUUUUUUAUACCACUAAA